AAUGGAGGGAGAAAUUAAUCCCACUUUUGAUGAUGAACAACUUGACUCAUUUCAUGUUGAAGAGACUAAUAAGAUAGAGAAUAAUAGCUUGGAAGCUCUAGAUUCUAAGAAAGAACUUGAUAAAGAAAUUAAUCGGGAACCAUUAAAAUUAUGCAAAUUCUUAAUGAAUCAACCAAAGUUAACUUUUGGAAUUACCCUUUGCUCUCAUAUUUGCUUAACAGUAGUCACUGUUGGUCUAUUCUUAGGAGGAAUUGAUAUAUUUCCAAUUGUAUUUGAUAGAAUUCCAUUGGGACUUUCCAAAAGAUGA